UGGCGCCCGCAGAGCGGCCCCUGGAGCUCGGCGUGCAGGCGGACGGACACAUGGAGCCUAGCGGCCGGUGGCAGAACCUGCCUAGCGGGCCUAGCCUAAAGCACCUGACCGACCCCGCUUACGCGAUCCCGCGGGAACAGCAAAAGCCAGCGUUGCAGGAGCUGACGCGGGCCCAUGUUGAGUCCUUCAACUACGCGGUGCGAGAAGGACUCAGCCACGCAGUGCAGGCUAUACCUCCCUUUGAAUUUGCUUUUAAAGAUGAGCGUAUCUCUCUUACCAUUGUGGAUGCUGUCAUCAGUUCACCCACAGUUCCUAAAGGGAGCAUCUGCAAGGAGCUCAAAGUUUACCCAGCAGAAUGCCGGGGCCGGAGAAGUACCUACCGGGGAAAGCUGACAGCUGAUAUCAGCUGGGCAGUGAAUGGAAUCUCAAAAGGAAUCAUUAAACAGUUUCUUGGUUAUGUGCCUAUCAUGGUGAAGUCCAAGGUUUGCAACUUACACAGCCUUCCUCCGAAAGCCCUGAUUGAGCACCAUGAGGAAGCAGAGGAAAUGGGAGGCUAUUUUAUAAUCAAUGGCAUUGAAAAAGUCAUCCGAAUGUUGAUUAUGCCUCGGAGAAAUUUCCCCAUCGCAAUGAUAAGACCAAAAUGGAAAAGUAGAGGGCUUGGCUAUACUCAGUAUGGAGUUUCAAUGCACUGUGUCAGGGAAGAACAUUCCGCUGUCAACAUGAACCUUCACUACUUGGAAAAUGGUACUGUUAUGUUGAACUUUAUUUACCGGAAAGAGCUGUUUUUCCUUCCUUUGGGAUUUGCACUUAAGGCGCUUGUCAGUUUUUCCGAUUAUCAGAUUUUUCAGGAGCUCAUCAGAGGAAAAGAAGAUGACUCUUUCUUUAGGAACUCUGUUUCUCAGAUGUUAAGGAUUGUAACAGAAGAAGGUUGUUCCACACAAAAACAGGUCCUUAACUAUCUAGGUGAAUGCUUCAGAGUAAAGCUCAAUCUUCCGGAGUGGUAUCCCAAUGAACAAGCGGCGGAGUUUCUGUUUGACCAGUGCAUCUGUAUCCACUUAAAUUCCAAUACUGAGAAGUUUUAUGUGCUUUGUCUCAUGACCCGGAAACUCUUUGCUUUAGCCAAAGGAGAGUGCAUGGAGGAGAAUCCUGAUAGUUUAAUGAAUCAAGAAGUCCUUACACCCGGUCAGCUCUUCCUUAUGUUUCUGAAGGAAAAAAUGGAAGCUUGGUUAGUGUCUAUUAAAAUAGCUAUAGACAAGAAGGCUCAGAAGAUCAAUUUAUCCAUAAACACUGAAAAUUUGAUGAAGAUUUUUAAUAUGGGAACAGACCUUACGAGACCCUUUGAGUAUCUUCUUGCUACUGGGAAUCUACGUUCUAAAACAGGUCUUGGCUUCCUGCAAGAUUCUGGACUGUGCGUUGUGGCUGACAAGCUGAACUUCAUACGCUACCUUUCCCAUUUCCGCUGUGUGCACAGAGGGGCUGAUUUUGCCAAGAUGAGGACCACCACAGUACGCAGGCUGCUUCCAGAGUCCUGGGGUUUCCUCUGUCCUGUGCACACCCCAGACGGGGAGCCCUGUGGUCUGAUGAACCACUUAACUGCUGUGUGUGAGGUUGUCACUCAGUUUGUAUAUACAACGUCUAUUCCAGCAUUGCUCUGCAAUUUGGGGGUCACUCCAGUUGAUGGAGCUCCACAUCGACCGCACAGUGAGUGCUACCCUGUCCUGUUGGAUGGUGUCAUGGUCGGCUGGGUGGAGAAGGACCUUGCUCCUGGCAUUGCAGAGUCACUCCGGCGUUUUAAGGUGCUGAGAGAAAAAAGAAUUCCUCCGUGGAUGGAGGUGGCCCUCAUACCCAUGACAGGAAAACCCAAUCUGUACCCAGGGCUAUUCCUUUUUACCACCCCUUGUAGACUGGUACGGCCUGUUCAGAACUUGGAAUUAGGCAAAGAAGAACUGAUCGGAACUAUGGAACAGGUCUUCAUGAACAUUGCUAUCUUUGAGGAUGAGGUUUUUGCUGGAGUUACCACACACCAGGAGCUUUUCCCUCACAGCCUGCUGAGUGUGAUUGCCAGCUUCAUCCCUUUCUCUGAUCACAACCAGAGUCCACGGAACAUGUACCAGUGCCAGAUGGGUAAGCAAACUAUGGGCUUUCCACUUCUUACUUAUCAGGACCGGUCAGAUAAUAAACUGUAUCGUCUUCAGACUCCUCAGAGUCCUUUAGUGAGGCCGUACAUGUAUGAUUAUUAUGACAUGGAUAACUAUCCAAUCGGGACAAAUGCCAUCGUUGCUGUUAUUUCUUACACCGGCUAUGACAUGGAAGAUGCCAUGAUUGUGAAUAAGGCCUCUUGGGAACGAGGCUUCGCCCAUGGAAGUGUGUACAAGUCUGAGUUCAUAGAUCUCUCUGAAAAAAUUAAACAAGGAGAUGAUAGUCUGGUGUUUGGAGUCAAACCGGGUGAUCCACGGAUUUUGCAGAAAUUAGAUGAUGAUGGAUUGCCAUUUAUUGGAGCACAGUUGCAGUAUGGAGACCCAUAUUACAGCUACCUGAACCUCAAUACUGGGGAAAACUUUGUGGUCUACUAUAAGAGUAAAGAAAAUUGUGUUGUAGAUAACAUCAAAGUGUGUAGUAACGAUACUGGAAGUGGAAAGUUCAAGUGUGUGUGCAUCACCAUGAGAGUCCCUCGGAAUCCGACCAUCGGAGACAAAUUCGCCAGCCGACAUGGGCAGAAGGGCAUUUUGAGCAGGUUGUGGCCAGUUGAGGACAUGCCCUUUACUGAGAGUGGGAUGGUCCCAGACAUUCUCUUCAAUCCUCAUGGUUUUCCAUCCCGCAUGACCAUUGGCAUGUUAAUCGAGAGCAUGGCAGGGAAGUCCGCAGCGUUGCACGGUCUCUGUCAUGAUGCUACACCCUUCAUCUUUUCAGAGGAGAACUCUGCCUUAGAAUACUUUGGUGAGAUGUUGAAGGCUGCUGGCUACAACUUCUAUGGCACCGAGAGACUGUAUAGUGGCAUCAGUGGGCUAGAACUGAAAGCAGACAUUUUCAUAGGUGUGGUUUAUUAUCAACGCCUACGCCACAUGGUCUCCGACAAGUUUCAGGUUAGAACCACAGGAGCCAGAGACAAAGUCACCAACCAACCUAUCGGGGGAAGAAAUGUGCAGGGUGGAAUCCGUUUUGGGGAGAUGGAACGAGAUGCUCUUUUAGCUCACGGUACGUCUUUUCUGCUUCAUGACCGCCUCUUCAACUGUUCUGACCGUUCAGUAGCCCACGUGUGCGUAAAGUGUGGUAGUUUACUCUCUCCGCUGCUGGAGAAGCCACCCCCUUCGUGGUCUGCCAUGCGCAACAGAAAAUACAACUGUACUCUUUGUAACCGCAGUGACACUAUCGACACCGUUUCUGUGCCUUACGUUUUUCGGUAUUUUGUAGCUGAACUGGCAGCAAUGAACAUCAGAGUGAAACUGGAUGUUGUUUAACUUGAUGCUGGCCUUUUGGUUUAGGAGAUGUAUCAGAUUAAAAUAAAACGUCAGUUUAAUUUUGUGAAGAUAUCGUAAUUUAGGUUAUUUUUGAGUUUCUUAAGGGGUGUUAGAACGCUCAGUCAAGACCUGGCAACUGACAGUUCAAGGCUUCUGUUCUCUCUGGUGUAACAACUACUGUCUUAGUCAUCUAGUGCUGCUGUAACAGAAAUACCACAAGUGGAUGUCUUUAACAAAGAGUUUAUUUUUUCACAGUACAGUAGGCUAAAAGUCCAAAUUCAGGGCAUCAACUCCAGGGGAAGGCUUUCUUUCUCUGUUGGCCUUCUCAUCAGUCUUCCCCCAGACUAGGAGCUUCUUCACGCAGGAACGCCGGGAUCCACAACCAAUCAUAAGGAUGAUGCAGAACCCGGCAGCGUUUCAUUUUGUUCCAUUGUGCAUGGAGUCACCAUGAUUUGCGGGCUGACAACAACAACAGAAAACUAUUUCUUCCUACUGUCAUUUUCCCUGAACCUGAAGGACUUGUUUCAGUGUUCCCUGCAGUGUUCUUAAGCGUUCUUAGGUGAAACCAAAUCAUCCAUGUGGGCUAAUUUUGCCUCACUCCAGAGGCAAUACUUGUGAGUUUUGGCCCAAUGCCCAGUGUAUUAUGAGGUUUUUCCACUUUGGCAGGUGGGAACACUGAUGAGCUGAAGCAGUUUGUUUAUAGGCACACUGUGAGCUGAAGACUGGAGGGGCACCCUCCAGAGAUCUCUGUAGUUCUUUCUCUGCAGGCUUUUACUCUUCAGUACCCUGCCUCGUAGGCUGGUAGCUGCCGUGGUCUCCUGUUUCCAACUCUGCCUCAACGCAGGGAGACCACUGGGCUGUUCUGGAUGCUUCCUGUUCUGUGGCCUGGAAGCUUCACACAUAAGCUGGAUCAUUAGUAAGUCUCACCUCACUGGUUUCCUGUCUCUCAUGGAUCACUCUGUGGUGCUAUUUGUUUUCCAGUGUCUGAAAUCUGCUGUCUCACAUUUUGUCCAGAUUUUGGUUUCCAUCAGGAGAGUUAGUUAGCUCCUUUUAUCUCACCGUGGCUGGAAGAAGCAGCAAAUCUGCCCUGUAGGAUUUUUGUUGUUGUUGUUUUGUUUUUAAUGUUUUAGAUGAGAAUGAAAAUCUCAUUGAAUGAAUAGCAGAGUAGUACAUUUUAAGAAAUUUAAUUCCCUAAAACAUGUUAAUCAAAACAUAAGCACUGAGUAUAGUGCUUACUGAGAAUUAUUUUUGAAAGAAAAACUUAUUAAAAAAUUGGAGAUAUACCUGAUAAUAUACUGCCAGAAAUUAAAUUUUUUUUUCCCUUGAUAUACAACUGGAGGGCAUUUUGGUUGUAAGUGUUCUGAUUUGAGACAAAAUAACCUCAGGCCAGCGCUCUCCACCAGCUCACUCGUUCUGAGGACAGUCUAAUUAGAGCGUUGCUGUUGGCGCCUGUGUUUUCACAGCCCCCUCCAUCUCCACUGUCUUUUCUAACGCGGUCUGUACAGAAUUACUGAAGAACAAAAGGAAAAUUUCAAGAAGUCUGGAGAGUAUAUAGUUUUCUCAACUUCCUGAAAUCUUCUGGAUUCUUCAAUAAGAUGAUAAGGUUCAGAGGGAUGGACAGGUAAAAAUGUGACCAGAUGGGAAAAAAAAGGGAAAUGGCUAAGAUGAAGGAGUACUGCCUAAGACACUAGUAGAAUUUGACAUUCUUACCGGAAGCACGAUUAUAACUUAAAAAGUAGAUAAAAUUCUCAACGAUAGAUGUCUUAGGUAUCUAGUGUUGCUAUAACAGAAGUGCCACAAGUGGGUGGCUUUAACCAACGGAAAUUAAUUUUCUCAUAGUUUAGGAGGCUAGAAGUCUGAAUUCAGGGUACUGGCUCUAGCGGAAGGCUUUCUUUCUAAAGGAAUGUCCCUGUCUUUUUGAGCCUCUGCUGCUUGUGAUCUACAUUUGGCUUAGCAUCUGUCUUCUCCCAUCUCAGCAUGUUAGCUUGCAUUUAAUCUCCUUUUUUUUUCUUAUCUUAUAGAUUGACUUAAGAUACACCCUACACCAGUCCUGCCUCAUUAACGUAACAAAGACAACUCAUUCCAAAUGGGGUUAUAACCACAGGAAUAAACCCAAACCAAACCCGUUGCCACCAAGUUGAUUCUGACUCACAGCAACCCUAUAGGACAGAGUAGAACUGCCCCCUAGAAUUUCUAAGGAGCAGCUGGUGGAUUCGAACUGCUGACCUUUUGGUUAGCAGCCAAGCUCUUUACCACUGCACCACCAGGGCUCCAACCACAGGCAUGGAGCUGAGGAAUUAUAACACAUUUUCUGGGGACAUAAUUCAAUCCGUAACAGUAGAGUGGAGGUAUUUUUAUUUUACAACCCUUCAAAACUUACUGAUAAAAUCCAGUCUCCUCUUUAGUUAUAUUUGAUUAAGCACCCAGACAUCAAGCAUAUACUGCGAAAGAUUUGUGAGAUCUGGUCUGAAAUCAGAAAGCUGCUGAAAGGUGCUGACACUUGCCUCACCACAGUGUCUUAAUUAGAGCAACUGUAUCUGGAGGCAUAGACUGGUCAAAGGAGAAGUCAGUGUUUCCCUUUAGUGCAUGCGCUCUCAGUGGGGUGAUACCGCCUUCACUGGAGCAGAAGUUGCUUUUUUGGAGGGGCAAAAAAUCUUAUUCUUUUUAUGUAUAAAACACAGACAUACAGUUAUUCAGUAUCUCUGGUAUUAAAAAUUUCAUUGGCAGAGCAAUUAAGAAAAAAAAGUUUAAAAAGGCUCCCUGGGGGGUUAUAAAAAAAAAAAAUUGAGAAAACUGACAUGCCAUUUGGUUUCUGGCACCCUGACACCCAGGUGAAGUACACUUACAAAGUGACACAGGGCAAGGAAACAGACCCUGUGUCUUUGAGGCUUUGCUGUAAGCUAUAUAAUUUGAAAUGUCAGAAAUAUGGGAGCAUAUUUCCCCACAAGGAAAUAACACAUGGAGAGGGAGUGCUGUCAUGCUAUCCCACAAGAAAGAUUUGACCCUCGUCAGAAAUGAACAGUAAGAAUCAAUAUGGAACACAUGAAUAAAAGCAGGGAUACAGGAGCUGGGAAGAGAGCAGACAUCCUCCAGUGUAUCAGGUAUCAGAAAUCUUGCACAUGGUUUCUUCAAGAACUCAAGGAAGAAAUAACUUGUAAGGAAACUAAAGCAAGUGAAAAGUUAGAGAAAAAAAAAAUGGGAGAAGAAAAUUACACAGAUGAUUCCACCUCUGGUAAGGCCAAAGAAACAAAUCUGUCACCUCUUUUCCUGCUGCCUUGUGGAGCUUCCUUCUUCCUUAAACCAAACUCACUGCCAUGGAGUUGAUUCCGACUCAGAUCAGCCCUAUAGAACAGAGUAGAAAUGCCCCCAUGGAGUUUCCAAGGCUGUAAUCUUUACGAAAGCAGACUGCAAAGUGGCUGUUUGGCUCAAACUGCCAACAUUUUGGUUAGCAGCUGUCUUAGGCUGAGUUCUGUAGAAAAGCAAAACCAGUGAAGUAUAUUGUCUUAGGCAGGGUUCUCGAGAGAAGCAAAACCAGUAAAGCGUAUAAAUAUGUACACAUAGAUUUAUAUCAAGGAGAUGGCUCACAAGAUUGCAGAGGCUGAAAUGUCCCAGGUCCAUGGAUCAGGACAGAGGCUACUCCUGAUUCACGUAGCCGCAGGGGCUGGCAAACCCAAGAUCAGCAGGUCAGAAAGCAGGGCUCUUGUUCACAGGCUGUGAAGAUAAAUGAAUCCCAGGAUGGCAGGCAAGACUGCAAGGCUUCUGAUUCACGUAGCUGCAGGGGCUGGGGAGCCCAAGAUCAGCAGGUUGGAGAGCAGGACUCCACUCACAGUCUGUGAAGAUCAACAAAUCCCAAGAUGAGCAGAUAAACUGAUACCUCCUUUCCAUGAUGGAAGUGGUACAAUGUAAUCAACUUGCCACCAGGUUGUUGGCUGAUCACCUUGAGGCAUGGUGCCAUAUCAGGGACUCAACGUUGGUCUCUGCUGCUGGUAGAUAGGGCACUUAGCAGUGGCUGUGGUUGGGUAGCCAAGGCAGCCUUGGUGAGCAGAAGUCCGUGUCUUAGUCAUCUAGUGCUGCUAUAACAGAACUCCACAAUUGGAUGGCUUUAACAAAGAUAAAUUUAUUUUCUCACAGUAAAUUAAAGUAAGCUAAAAAUCCAAAUUCAGGGCGUCAGUUCCAGGGGAAGCCUUUAUCUGUCAGCUCUGGAGGAAGGUCCUUGUCAUCAGUCUUCCUCUAGAUUAGCAGCUUCUCUGUGCAGGAACCCCGGGUCCCAAAGGAUGCACUCUGCUCCCAGCACUACUUUCUUGGUGGUUUGAGGUCCCCAACUCUCUGCUUGCUUUCCUUUUCUCUGUUGUAAGAUAAAAGGUCGUGCAGGCCGCACCCCAGGGAAACACUUUUUGCAUUACAUCAGUGAUGUGACCUGAGCAAGGGUGUUACAUCCCACCCUAAUCUUUAACCACAGGCAGAGAUUGUUUUAUAACACAUAGGAAAAUCAUGAAAUGGAGGACAACCACACAAUACUGGGAAUCAUGGCCUGACCAAGUUGACACAUUUUGGGGAGACACAAAUCAAUCCAUGAUACAUAUAUACAUACAUACAUAUAAGCAGAGAAGGAAAUAUCUCAAGGAAAUGGUCCACGCAGUUGUAGAGGCUGAUAAGUCCCAAGCUGGAGGAUUUUCCUGACUCAUGUAGCUGCAGGGGCUGAUAAACCCAAGAUCUGCAGGUUAGACAGCUGACCAAUGGCUUACAGGCUACGGAGGCUGACAAAUCCAAGAUGGAAAAGUAAGGCAGAAGGCCGCUGGCUCACAGGCUGCAGAGGCUGAUGAAUCCCAAGAUCAGUGUGCAAUAAGGCAGGCAGCUGGCUCAAGUACCAAGAACUGGAGGUCACAUGAUGAUGAGCCGGAUGCAGGAUCCAGAGCAAGCAAACGAGCUUUGCUAGAACGUCCACGUAUAUAUUGGAUGCAGGUCACACUCCCAAGGGAACUCACCUUACAAUUGAUCACAUCAGAUCACGUCAUGGAGGAUGACUAUCAUUACCUAACUGCCAAAUUAUAUCAUUGCAUAAAACAACACCAUUACAUUUAACUGCCAAGUUACAUCAUUACCUAAGUGCCAAAUUAUGUCAUUAUAUAACUGCCAAGCCACUGAGAAUCAUGCCCCAGCCAAGUUGAUACACAACCUUAACCAUCACAGCAGCCAAACACUUAAUUGUGCCACCAGGUCUCCUUUUGGUAAGGGUAGAUGAGACUAUUUGGAUCCAAUUCUCACACAGAAUUAGAAAAGCUGGCCCAAGUAUUUUUUUAAAUCAGUUUAAAGAUGUCAAAGAGGUACUAGUACAGUGAGAAGCUGUGGAGCCAGGUCCAGGAAAGUGGGACUCAGAAGUGAGCCCCGCACUCUGAGUCUUCUCCUCAAACUGAGUUCCAUUUCUAAAACAGCAUGAGGUGUUUUUAGAACACAAAUAUGUCUAAUGAAAGGGAAGAGCUACAUCCAAAAUUGAAUGAUAUGUAUCUCAAUAAAUGGAUGAUUGGAAAAACACAAAGGAGUGUAUGUUUUGAAAAGAAAAGGCUGUACUUGAGAUUGAAUGAUUAAGCGUCUCUAUAUAUAUGGUUGCUAUGAGUGGGAAUUGACUCGACAGCAGUGGGUUUGGUUUUGUUUUUAUGAGUGGAUUGUUGCUAGAACGCAAACUAAAGCAAAGUGCUAUGCAUAAGGCUAUAUUUGAUAUUUCUGUAUGAACAGUGUUGGUAGAACACACACGAUUGUAUCUAUUGAGCAGAACAUGCUGUACAUCAGAUUGAAUACUUGGUCUAUAACAAGGAUCCGCAAAUUUUUUCUGUAAAGGGUCAGAUAAUGAAUAUGUUCAGCUUUGCUGACCAGAUGCUGUUUGUCACCACUACUCAAACGGGCAAGAUCAGCCAUUUACAAUAAGCUGAGUGUAGCAGUGUUACACAAAACUUUAUAUAUAAAAACUGGAUUUGGCUCAGGGCCAUAAUUUACCAACCCUUGAGCUAUAGAAAUGAUAGACCAUGGCGCAAAAGGAAAUACUCGCAAUCACUAGCCAUUAGAGAAAGGCACAUCAAAACUACAAAUGAGAUACCAUCUCAUCCCAACAUUACUGGCAUGAAUAAAAAAAAAACCUUUCAGCCGAAGAUGAGUCAGGCCCAUAAAACAAAAUGAGACUGUCAUGGAUUGAAUUGUGUUCCCUCCAAAUAUGUGUCAACUUCGUUUGGCUAUGAUUCCAUUUUGUGUGGUUGUCCUCCAUUUUGUGAUUGUAAUUUUAUAUUAAAGAGGAUUAGGAUGGGAUUGUAACACCCUUAUCCAGGUCACAUUCCUGAUCCAAUGUAAAGGGAGUUUCUCUGAGGUGUGGCCUGCACUACUUUUAUCUCUCAAGAGAUAAAAAGGAAAGGGAAGCAAGCAGAGAGGGGGGACCUCAUACCACCAAGAAAGCAGUGCUGGGAGCAGAGCACAUCCUUUGGACCCAGGGUUCCUAUGCAGAGAAGCUCCUAGGCCAGGGGAAGACUAAUGUCAAGGACCUUCCUCCAGAGCCUACAGAAAGAGAAAGGCUCCCCAGGAGCUGACGCCCUGAAUUUGGACUUCUAGCCUACUAAAAAACUGUGAAAAAUAAAUUUCUCUUUGUUAAACCCAUCCGCUUGUGGUAUUUCUGUUAUAGCAGCACUAGAUGACUAAGACAGAGACUAAAUGGGCACACCAGCCCAGGGACAAGGACCAGAAGGCAGGAAGGGACAGGAAAGCUGGUAAUGGGGAACCCAAGGUCAAGAAAGUGUUGAUGUGAGGUUGACAGACUGUGGGUAGAACACAAAUCAAUGUAUCUCCUCAUAAAAAUGAACUGUACAACAGAUUGAUAUGUGUUUCUAGAAAUUGUGAGUUGGUAAAACAAAAAAUAAUGUAUUUAUUGAAAGGGAAGGGUAAUAAAACUGAAUGGUAUGUUAGAUAGGUCUAUGACUGCUGAAACACAAAAUAUACUCAAAGGAAAUCCAUAUUCAAGAUUGAACUCUAAUUUAUUUCUGUAACAGAACAAAGAAAUGUAUCUAAUGAAAGAAAAGAGCUAUAUUCAACAUGGAAUGAUACAGAGUAUCUCUGUGAAUGGAGUAUAAAACAAAAUGUAUCUUCCCAAAGGAAAUGUACACAAGAAUGAAUAAACGAUUGGCACCUUUUGCAACAGAGUAUCUCUGCAUGAGGAAAAUGCUAUAGACAUGAUUCGGUUAUAUGCUAUGUAGCUCUAUGAAUGGGGUGCUUGCUACAUAUUUUAUGUCUCCAUGAAUGAAGAGUUUGUAAAUAUAAAUGAAUGUACCUCGAAAUAAAAAAAGGUGUCUGUGAAAGGAAAGACCUAUGUUGUUGUUGUUACGUGCCGUCAAGUCGGUUCCAACUCAUAGCGACCCUAUGCACAACAAUGAAACACUGCCGGGUCCUGCGCCAUCCUUACAAUCGUUGUUACGCUUGAGCUCAUUGUUGCAGCCACUGUGUCAAUCCACCGCAAUGAGGGUCUUCCUCUUUUCCGCUGACCCUGUACUCUGCCAAGCAUGAUGUCCUCCAGGGAUUGAUCCCUCCUGACAACAUGUCCAAAGUAUGUAAGACGCAGUCUCACCAUCCUUGCUUCUAAGGAGCAUUCUGGUUGUACUUCUUCCAAGAGAGAUUUGUUUGUUCUUUUGGCAAUCCAUGGUAUAGUCAAUGUUCUUCACCAACACCGCAAUUCAAAGGCGUCACUCUUCUUCAAUCUUCCUUGUCCAUUGUCCAGGAAAGACCUAUACACAAUAUAUAUUAUGACUUUCUAAGGUAUUGCUAGAACAUAAAUGAAUUUAUUUUCUCUAAGAUCGAAUGAUAGGUUACUUACCUCUAUGAAUUCAGUGUCUGUAUAACAACGAUAAAUUUACCUAAGGAGAUUGAGUGACAUGUGUUUUGUUUCUUGGUAGUUUGUGAACACAAAUGCAUGUUAUUAGAGUGUUGGUAGAAUAUAAGCCAAUGUGCCUAUUAAAAGGAAAGAUCUAGAAACAGGGCUGAAUAAAAGGUUAUUUUUCUAUGAAUGGAUGGCUGGCAGAACAGAAAUGAUGGUAUACUGAAAUAAAUUGCCACAGACAAUACUGAAUGAUGUUUGUAUCUCUAUGAAUGGAGUGUUGGUGAACACAAAUGAAUAGAUCUACUCAAAUGAAAGUAGUAUACACGAGAUCCAAGUAUACAUCCCAAUAAAAGAAGCACUAGGAGAACAUAAGCAAAAAUUCUACUUGAAGAUUAAGUUACAUGUUAUGCAUCUUUGUGAAUAGAGUGUUGGUAGAAAACAAGUAAACAUAUAUGCUGAAAAGAAGGCUCUAUGCAAGACUGAAAUGUAUGCAAUGUAUUUCUAUGAGUGGAGUCUUAUUAGGACACAAAGUAUUUACUGAAAGGCUACAUGCCCUCUGAAUAUAGUGUGUAUCUCUAUAAAGGUAGUGUUGACAGAACACAAUCUAAUGAAUGUAUUAAAAGGAAAAUGCUAUAAACUUUUGAAUGUUAUGUAUCUGUAUGAAUGGAUUGUUGGGUAGAAUACAAAAAAGCUAUCUGCUGAAAUAAAAAAAACUAUC